CCUUCCCAGGGUUAGCUGAUUCUCGCUAUGGGAACGAGAACAGAGUGUCAGAGAAAACAUCCAAGAUGGCGGCCACGAAUCGAGGUUGAGCGAGCCCAGCUGAGAUAAACACGGCCCGGGCCGGCUUUUCCUUCCGUUCCCGCCGCCAGACAGCAGCGGCGAUGGAGCUGUACCAAGCCCACGACCACUACAUCCUGCUGGAUGGCGAGCACAGCCUGUGGUGCAGUCGUUUCGACGGAAAACUCACUGCUCGUACCGGAGAGGACCUGUGCAAUGCAUGGAACCCAGUCUGCCUGGGACUCGUCCAUGGUGUGAUAGGCAAAGUACAGCUAUAUCCAGACUCAGAAUGGCACCUGCUGUUGGUGACCAAGAAGAUGUCUGUAGGUGUGUUACCAGGUGGACACGAGGUGUAUAAGAUCAGCCGUGUGGUCAUCCUGCCUCUGUCACCUGUGGAGCCACCUGAGAUGGAACUAGAGUGGUGUAGGAAACAUCACUUUGGUAUCUCCAACCUGGAGAAGAUUGCAGCACCCCUCGACAGCCAGCAGAGGGCGCUAGCAAAGACUUGGAACUCCAUCAAGUCAGUUGCUGUUCCAAAGAAAAAGAGAGAUAUCAAGGAGAAAGAGAAGCUGGAAAGAAGAGUGUUUGAGGAGUUGAACAAGAUGUUCAGCGACUCGGACUCCUUCUACUACAGUCCGACAGGAGACCUGACCAACUCUGUACAGAGACAACAUUCAGAACAGUAUGAUACCACCAGUCCCUUAUGGAAAAAGGUGGACUCCCGCUUCUUCUGGAACACCCACAUGUUGAACGAUCUCAUCCAAUCAGAGGACCCAUUGUCUGACCGGUGGAUAGUGCCCAUCAUACAAGGCUAUGUACAGAUGGAGAGGUUCCAAGUGAUGCUGGGUGAGGAGGACAUGCCUAGUGAUGAGGGGAUGGAGAUGACGAGUGAAGGGAGGAACUUCACCAUCACACUCAUAUCCAGGCGCAGCAGGCACAGGGCAGGGACAAGGUACAAAAGGAGAGGUGUUGAUGAAACCGGGGCAUGUGCAAACUUUGUAGAGACUGAGCAGAUCAUCCAGGUGCAAUCCCACGUGGUGUCCUUUGUCCAGGUGCGAGGGUCUGUGCCCAUCUUCUGGAGCCAGCCUGGGAUCAGGUACCGCCCCCCUCCCCGGAUCGACAGAGGUGAAGUAGAGACCCAGGCAGCAUUUGAGAAACACUUUGAAGAGCAAUUUGACACUUAUGGUAGCCAAGUUGUUGCAAACCUAGUGGAUCAGGUGGGCAGAGAGAAGGUUAUAGGAGAUGCAUUCCUCACACACAUCCUCAACAUGGACAGUACCAAACUCACCUACAUCACAUUUGACUUCCAUGAACAUUGCCGGGGAAUGAAGUUUGAGAACGUGUGUGUGCUUGUGGACAGCAUCAAGGACCUCAUCCGUGGGAUGAGAUACAGCUGGGUUGACCCAGCAGGGGUGAUCUGUGAACAGCGGGGUGUGUUCAGAACCAACUGUAUGGAUUGUCUGGACAGGACCAACGUGGUACAGUCGGCCAUUGCAAGGACUGUCAUGGAGAUACAGUUGCGUAAGCUCGGCCUGAUGAUGCCCGACCAGACCAUGCCGUCGCGUUGUCGUGUCGUGUACCAGCAGAUGUGGGCCAACAACGGCGACGCCAUCAGCAGGCAGUACGCCGGAACUGCAGCCAUGAAGGGGGACUUCACGCGUACUGGAGAGCGUAAGUUAGCAGGGGUCCUAAACGAUGGAUACAAGUCAGCUAACAGGUAUUAUCUGAGCAGGUUCAAAGAUGCCUACCGGCAAGCAACUAUUGACAUGAUGCUGGGGAAUGCGGUGAGUGAGGACCUGACAGUUCUCCAGUCGUCUAACCGCGAGGAGGAGCUGCUUCUGGAGGAGAGGGAGGACCACGUGGCACAGCUGAUCGAGCACUGCAAACAGCUGCUGCUGCCAGGUGCUGAGGGCUGUGCCGGGGGAUGGGCGCUCAUCGACUGCGACCCGGGGGAUGGAGACCUGUCACAACCUGACAUGGAUGUCAUCCUACUUCUCACCCAGAGAGCCUACUACAUUGCAUACUAUGAUGAGGAAGCAGAGAAGGUAACACACUACCAGCGGGUCAACUUGGAGGAUCUGGAAAAGAUUGAACUAGGUCCGGAGCCAUCUGUGUUCAAGUCCAGGUACUACUGCAUGCGUAUCCACCACCAGUACUGUGGGGAGGUGGGGUACUUCCACACCUUACGCUCUAUAGGCAGAGGGGAUGCCGAAUCAAAGGGUUUGCUACAAGCCAUAGCUGAUGCCUUCAGUACAGCAUGUGCAGCAGAAGGACAGCAGAUACAGGUCGCAGAAGGAAAGUUGGACAAGAGACAAACCAAGCCUCACGAAGAGAUCAUCAGCAUCUCUGCUCAGACCCGGCUGAGUGCCUGGGCGCGUACCCGCUUUCCACGCGACCACUCCGCAGACUCCAUCUCCGCUGUCACCGCCGUAUCGCAGCCCACCACGAGAUCCAUCAUCCUCACCAGCGUCCGCAACAAGAUAUCGUCCUUCAACCCCAUCCGCCGGGUGCGGGCGCACACUCACGCUCGCAGGGCCAGCGCGUCCAAGAAGUCCGGCAUCGUCUACUUCCAGAAGGGCGAGGACCCUGCGGGCCAGGCCGAUGACGAGGGCGCCAACAUGAGCGUCAGGAUGACUCUAUCGGACAGCAGCUCGGAAACGGAGUCCUUCGACAACCUGAGCCUGGACGACUGCGAGGCCAUCCUUUCCGGUCAGAACAACAAACGGAAAAGCCUGCAGGAGCUGAUUGUGACGGAGGCAGACGACCUGGUCCUGGAGAGCUGUGGUAUCCUGGCGUCCAGUCCGCCUUCCAGCCACACCCGCAUACACAUCAUGGCACACAAGGGUACUGACCAGGGGGAGGAUGUCUCACAGGCGGAAGAACAGACUCAUCUACAAAACUACACAACAGUUGAAACAGCCGCAGACUUAAACACUGACAUAAGGACCAUGAGUUCUGUGGCCAUCAAGGUCGUUGCACCAGAAGAGGAGCAGUAUGGUGCCCAGCAGCAUGACAGCAUCGUGGAAGAUGGCUUCCCAACAGCUGAAUCACAAUCAUGUCAGAGUUCCCCUCAGAAACAGCAACAGGACGCCGGCAUCACAGACAGCAAGACCCCAGACAGGGAAGACAGCAAGAAAAACACCAUCCUGGAGUUCUUCAAGCCAGCACGAAAGAUAUUUGAGCUGUCUUUGUCAGUUGACUCAAAAUUCAGUGCUACGACAACGACAGCAACAGAAGAAGAUGACAAGGUUGUUGAUGGUGUGAGUGGAAGAGAUGCCAGCCCACAGAGUCAGGCUGGGGAGGAAGGGGCACCACAAGAAGGAGACCCAAGUUCAACAGGUGAAGAGAGUCUUGCCAUCAGCACAGUACCUCAGGAUGAGUCAACAAGCCCCCUGGCAACUGACAGCAAAACUGCAGGUGCACACAAUGCAGAGGAAACUAUUGCCGUGAACAGCAAUGCAGAGGCUGACGCCACGCCAGAGAACACAGACUUUAAACUCUCCCCGCUGACGAAGUUUCGCAGUCUGUUCUCCCCGUCAGAGAGGGACACGAGCCCGCGCAGGAACGGAGACAGACAGCAAAACCGACAAAUCGAGUCACUGGAGCUCAGGUUGAAGUUGAAGAACUGUAAAACAAAAAUCAUCCAGUUAUAGCCAAAAAUGUGACUAUCAUUAACUGUAGUCUGUACAACCUGUUUGUACAGUUUGCCUUCACGAAUAAGAAAACUAGUAGCACUCUAGGCUAUUGUCUCUACCAAAACAAUAAAAUUACAAAAACUUAGGCAUGCUGAUCGUGUAAAUCUAUAACGUUGUUCAUGGCAUAAGGCCUGACACAUUGGAGAAAGGCAACAAUAUUGCCUACUCCCACGUUGUACAUUUGUACAUGACAUUGAGUAGAGUAGAAACAUAGGGACAGAAUUCUGGGCACUCCUUCUCUUCCACACAGCUGGUUUGUGUAUUAAGUAUGUAUUGGCUGAGUUUACACCCGUGUUUCGGAGUUGACUUAGCCGGAGUCGACUCAGGAGCAUUCUGUUUACACGCGUGACCAUGAAGCGAGUUGCAACGCACGUUGCCACAGCUGUGAUUUUGACUUCUUUUUUUGGUACCAACUUAAGUUGGGUUUGAAUUUGACGUCUUCCAGUUACAGUAGCCAUGUCUCAGCUGCUGUGGACGCAACAGUUAGCUGAUCAACAUGCAGAAAAGUUUACAGAAAAUGACAGAUUACUGCUUUCAAUGCUAAAAUGACGUGAAAUGGCUUUGCUGAUUGGUAUUCACCCUCACCUUCGCGUAACUCACCAAAAGUCGACUUGGAUUCAUACACACAAAAAUGCCACACACACACCCCCCCCCUCCUUCUAACCCCCAGAUACGCAACUAGAGUCACGUUAACACAGUCCUGAGUUGAAUCCGAUAAGUUGACUCAAGUCGACUUCAUAGGAGCCAACUCCGAGUUGACUUGGAAAACAAGUGUGUAAACCCAACCACUGUUUAGUGUACAGAUAAUGUAGUUAUUUAGUAAACAUAUGUGAAACUAGCAUCAUGUAGUAUCACAGGCAAUAGGCUACCAACUUAUUGUCGGAAAUGCUGUUACUUUGUCUGUGCACUGUUGAGUGAUGUUGUCUGGGCUAUCUCUCUGAGAUUGAAAACAGUUUCUGUGAUUGAAACGCAGAAGUAACAGCUGACGAACAUUGUGCAGGCUUAAUGCAUUUUCAACAAAAAGUUGGAGGCCUAUCACCCGUGGUAUAACGCUAGUUCACCUUUAUCCGUGGGGUAACCUAUAUCCGUUGUUCUUCAAAACAGCGCAUUUAGGGAUAUCAAGUCGACAGACAGUUGUUCCUACUGUAAUAUUUUCGAAAUGUAGCAGUUUAAACUCACACUUCGUUGGCAUGAUAGCCAUAAAUACACUGCUUUUGAAAACAACGGAUAUAGGUUACCCCACGGAUAAAGGUGAACUAGCGUCAGUCCCAGACAAUUUGACACAUGCAGCACAAUUGGACAUUGUCUUCCUGUAGAAUAUCCAGUGAAUACUGUGUUAUACAGACUUAACUGUCAGUUGUUGAUACUAGAAAGUCUAUGUUGGUGUAGCUUAGCCAUUAUCCCAGGAUUUCUUGCCGAGAUAAACCAGUAGUUGCCUUGAUUUUGUACCAAAUGUCUGAGGUAGGAAACAACUGCCACAGACUUGUUCCAUUACUUUUGAUAGAAACUGAAUACUGAAAGUUCAAUGAUAUGGUAGAGUAUUAUUACAAGCAAUGUUCUCAUAUGAUUAUUCCUGGUGAACUUUUCCGGUGCAAAAAGACAAAAGAGCCAUCAUGACAGGUCAACAUGUCUUCAAGAAGGUAUACGUUAAACUUUCAGUCAACAACAUACAUGUAGCCUAGGGCUGUAGGGUAUCCAUGGACUGUGAUAUAGAUGUAUAAUGUAAUUAGAGUAAGGGAGAGCUGUGAUUGGUCGGUUAGUUGAUUGGUUUAAAUAUGGUAGAUGAAGGCUAGUUAUUUCUGUGGUACAUUGGGAACACAUGCUCAUAUGAAUGGACGUUCAGGGUACAGUUGGGAGAAGUUAAAUCACUGUUGUUAGCGUUUCAUAGUAAUAUCGUGAAUGUGGAAAAGAAAUAUGGAUAUGGCCAGUUGGAUUUGUAAUGCAUAUUCCUGAUGUUUUAAAUUGUAUCAAUGCCUGAGAUAUGAAUUAAUUUAUGGUUUCCACGUCUGAGUUUUGUACAUCAGAUUAUUUAUCCAGUACAGCAAUGUAAUGUCAGUACAGCAAUGUACAAAAAAAGUUGUUUGCAGAAUGAUAUUGUUGUAAGUAUAGGACAUUCCAUCUUAACAUCAGAUAAUUAUUAUGAUAUGGAAUGUCCUGUGGAAAUAUUACCAAAGCCAUUUGUCUUUGUAAGGCUACGGUUCCAAUUGGUAAAAGGGGCCCUUUCUGUCAGUUCAUGUGCUAUUUUUUGGCACCUUCGGGUAUGACCCCUAUGUGGCCCCAUGGGAUACCUUGCGGAUCCCCUGCGUAUUUUGGGGCUUGGCUAAUCCCCGGGUGUAAUUUUUGUUGGACUUAAAAUCACCCCAGUAGAUAGAAUUCAUGACCUACCCGUGAGAAUACCGAGAGGUACCCCAAUCUGGCAUGGUCCACUGGAAAAAAAAAUUUUGGCUUGGGGGCCCAGUCAGGGCUACCCCCCUACAAGAAUUGGCACAAUUGAGACCGUAGCCUUACACGGUGUAGUACAGAUUGGUAACAAACUGACUACACCUGUGCAUUGUUUUAGAGUUUUAUGAAAUGUGGUUUUACAUAAUUGUCCUGAUGUUGCAGCAGUGUGGUUUCUUAGCUUUUAAAGUUCAUGAUUUCCCAAUUUCACUCAGUGUAAUGACCCCAGAUACCAGUUUUUUUUACCAGGCCAGGCCACCUUUGUGCACUGUAACAUUAGAACACUUACGAAGAAUGAUGUUUUAAUGUACAUGUACAGUGGGAAUUCUUUACAUGUAUGAAAUGGAGUACAUUGUAACGCAGGCACAAUACAUUAGUGAACAGGUAUUGUACAGAGAUAUGCCCUUCCAUGCAUGUAUGUAUGAAGAUGUGUCUUGUUAGCACUACACCCCGAUACAUGUCCAAAAGAAGACAUCUUAAAUAUGUCUAUGAGAAAGAUGAACUUGCACCUAAUUGUUGUACCAUAGAUGUAGUUUCAACCAAGGAACUCAACCAAGAAUGGGUAGAAGGCUUUCUCAUAUUUGUCAAACUUCCUUCAUGAUCAAGAAGAUAUAUUGGUGCACCCUAUACGUGUACAUAUGUGGAAACAAACAGAUAGAGAUAGGAUGGGAAAGUUAUUACCUCUCAGGCAAACAUUGGAGCCUGCAUGGGGGGGGGGGACCAGCUAUGCUUUACACUACAUUCAGGAAGGCUAUGUAUGGGUUAUGCAAAAUUCAGGAAGGGGAUGUUAUGCUUCAUGCAAAACUUUUGUUAUUUCCUGACAAAUGAUAUGAAAUACCGUAGAUUUCCCAGGAAGUAUAGGAAAUUUCUCAAUAUACGUAUACAUGUGUACUUGAAAUCAGAUAUAUCUGCACAGGGACAAAGAAAAGCUGCCUCUGUUUUGGUAAAACUUGCCUUAGUUUGUUAACUUGACUUCCAUGUUUCUUUGGGUGUAUUCCGCCACGAACAAAUGUAUUGUCCAGAAUCUAUCAGGUAACAUUAGAUGUUUAUAUUGUAUAAUACUGUGAAGCUGUAAUGACAGGUGGUUACUUUGCCUUAAGUCUCACUCCUGUAAGCACUUCAUGGAUGGAAGAAAUAGAAUGUUGUGAUUAAAUGAAGGACUCACAGAAAA